CCCCUACCGCGGUGAGUCCGGCGACUCGCGUACACUAACCGCAGUGCCACACUCGUCAUCCCCGCCCGCGCUCUUCGGCGGGCCGAGCAUGAUGAGCAUGGGGUCGUUUAUGUCGACGAUGCAAGAUUCCUACCCGCUCACGAACCCGAGCCCCUCGCCCGCCGGCUCCAUCUCGAGCUCGCUCGGCGGCUCCGUCUCCAGCCCCAUGGGCAGCCCGCUCAGCAGCUUCGGAAGCCACCUCUCCGACAUGUCGAGCAUGGGCUACUCGCCGCCAAUGCAUGCCCCCUCGCCCCUCCCCGGCAUGCCGUACGCGAACCCGCGCGAGCUGGCGUCGCGCCGCCCGCGCACAUCGCACCGGCGGAUACACCCGCGGAGCGUCAAGAGCGAAGAGGAAGACGACGACGACGACGACGACAUGCUCGACGACGACGACCGCGUCGGCCUCGGCAUCUCCGUGCAGGGUGCGCAGGGGGCGCGCGGCCCCAUCCGCGACGCAAAGGCCGAGGCCGGCCGUCUCAGCCGCAUACAGAGCGAACAGAAGCGGCGCAAUGUCCUCAAGGACGGCUUUGAGCGCCUGCGCGCCAUCCUCCCGCCGACGAACCAAAAGGGGUCUAAGCAAGUCGUGCUUGACAGAGCGGUGCAGCACAUCGACGCGAUCAAAACCUCCAACUCGUUGCUGUACGAGGAGCGGGGGCGGCUCAUGGCCGAGAACCGGCGGUUGACGGAGGAGCUGGUCGAGCUGCGCCGUGCGAACAACCUCCUUGUGAGCUCGCACAUCCCGCCGCCGGCGUCGGGCGAGCGCGGCCCGAAUGGGUCCUCGAGCUCGGGCAGAGGCAGUGCGCACUUUGGCGCGCGCGCGUAGCGCGUCCGACUUGAUCACGGACCCACCCACCACAUGUUACCUGUCACCACAACCUGUCAUC